AUGGACAUUAUAAAAAAAAGAGAAUCCAGAAAAGAAAGAGCGAAAUUUGAAGAUAUUAUGUAUUAAUCACAUAAAUCUAUCCUCAGAGAGGAAAAUGAAAAUUAGAAAAUGACAUGUUAUGAAAGCACCAGAAAUUGUUUAGGUUCAUGCUUUGGAACACUACGAGCAUGGCUUCCUUGUUGCUUUUGUUGUUGUCCUUAUCCAUUUUUUCUUAUUACCCAAGGUUAAAAGGGAUUGCUUCAAAAAUUUGGUAAAUACCAAAGAACCUUAGAACCUGGUCUACAUGAAAUCAACCCAUUUACUGACAAAGUGAUUCCUGUCAGCACUAAAACUUUUAUUAUCGAUUUAGAAAGAUAACUUGUCUUAACCAAAGACAAUAUAACUGUUAAUAUUGACACUAUCGUUUACUAUCGAGUAAUAGAUGUCAUGAAGUCUGCCUAUAGAGUUAAAAUGAUCGUUGAGGCAGUCAAAGAAAUAACAUAUGCUACUUUACGUACCAUUUGCGGAGAACACACAUUACAGGACAUUAUUGAAAAUAGACAAAAAAUAGCUGAUGAAAUUGAAUCGUUCGUUUUUGAUGUUGUUUCUGAAUGGGGUAUUUAUUUGGAGCAUAUUUUUAUUAAGGAUAUGCAUAUGGGGGAAGAAUUAUAAAGCUCAUUAUCAAAUGCUCCAAAAGCUUAAAGACUUGCUUAAUCAAAAAUUAUUUCGGCCCAAAGUGAUGUCGCUGCUGCCAAAUUAAUGAGAGAGGCUGCCGAUAUGUUGGAUUCAAGAGCUGCUAUGUAAAUUAGAUAUUUUGAAACUGUUUAAUUGAUUGCGAAAAAUCACAAUCCUAAAAUCCUUUUUCUAAAUGUGGAUUAAUAAAAUCAAAAAAAAUGA